AUGGUUGGACCAAAGACUAAGAAACAAAAAGUUGCUAAUGCGGGAGGAUCGACAUCAUUAGAUCUCUUGAAGAAAACAGGAACUACAGUCGUUGCUGAUACGGGGGAUUUUGCAACCAUUGAUAAGUAUAAGCCUCAAGACGCUACUACCAAUCCAUCUUUGAUAUUAGCAGCUUCCAAAAAGGAAGAUUAUUCCAGUCUUGUUGAUAAUGCUGUCGCAUACGGUAAAGAAAAUGGGGAAACUAUUGAUGAACAAGUCGAAUGUGCCAUUGAUAAGUUAUUAGUUGAGUUUGGGACUGAGAUAUUGAAGAUUGUACCAGGGAAAGUUUCAACCGAAGUAGAUGCAAGAUUAUCCUUUGAUAAGGAUGCAACCAUUAAGAAAGCAUUACAAUUGAUCCAUUUGUACGAAAAAGCUGGUAUUUCCAAAGACCGCGUAUAUAUCAAAGUAGCCUCCACAUGGGAAGGUAUUCAAGCGGCUAAAGUAUUAGAGCAAGAGCAUGGAAUUACCACAAACUUGACCCUGUUAUUUUCUUUCACUCAAGCUGUCGCCUGUGCCGAAGCUGGUGUUUCACUAAUAUCUCCAUUUGUGGCUAGAAUUACUGACUAUUACAAAGCUCAAACAGGAAAAGAUUAUUCUCCAGAGGAUGAUCCUGGUAUUCAUUCGGUGAAAAAGAUUUACAACUAUUAUAAGAAGCAUGGAUAUCAUACUAUUAUUAUGGCUGCAUCUCUAAGAACAACGGGUCAAGUAAAGCAGCUUGCAGGUAUUGAUAAUCUAACUUUAUCUCCUAAAGUAUUAGAUGAAUUAGUUGCUAGCACAGAUGAGGUCCCAAAACUUUUAGAUCCGAAAAAAGCUGCAAAGCAGGGAGAUGAGAAGAUAUCUUUCCUUGAUGAUGAACCAAAAUUUAGAUACAGUUUAAAUGACGAUGCAAUGGCAACUGAAAAAUUGGCAGAUGGUAUCAGGAAGUUUGCAGCUGAUGCCAUCACGUUAUCGAAUGCUAUCAAAGAGAAACUUCAAAAGUAG